GCUCGUGGCCUGCUCUACCUGCACCGCCGCUCACCACCCAUCAUCCACCGAGACGUGAAGAGCCCCAACAUUCUGGUGGACCAGCACUGGCGGGCCAAAAUAGCAGACUUUAACCUCAGCAAGAUCCUGGGCGCGGCGGGCGACACCGAGGGCCCCACAAACCCCAUCUGGCUGGCGCCAGAGAUAGCGCUGAAUGAUGCGGAGGCGACGGCUGCGUCAGAUGUCUACUCAUUUGGCAUGGUGCUGUACGAGCUGCUGACCUGGAAGCUGCCCUGGGAGGGCUACAACGCGUUCCAGGUGCGGCCAGGCCUGAGGCAUCAGGGAUGCAGUGAGCCAGGGCUAUCACUGUUAUUCAGUAAUCUUCCGGAGUGCUGGGCCGAGGAGCCUGGCAACCGACCCACAUUUGAUGACAUUGUGCCGCGCCUCAACGACAUGCUGAAA